AUGUCGCUAGUGCAACGCAGCAGCGGCAGGGUGGCUGUUCUCAUCACCACAUUCGCAGCAGUCUCGCUGCUCUCGUGCCAUCCUUGCGGCGCUGGACAGUGGUACGGCACUGCCAGCUACUACACUCCCCCUUAUGAACCGUCAGCGUGCUACGGGUUCGAGAAGCAGAGCGGGAUGUUCGCGGCAGCGAGCGAGACGUACCUGUGGGAAGGCGGCAGCGCCUGCGGGAAGUCCUACAGGGUGAGAUGCAUGAGCGGGACGAACGACGGGGUCGACGUGCCUUGCAAGGAUGGCCAGACCGUGACGGUGAGGAUCGUCGACAUGUGCCCGGCCAACAGCUGCAAAGCGACCAUCGAUCUGUCGAACGAAGCUUUCGACCAGAUCGCCGACCCCAAGGAAGGCAUCAUCAACAUCUAUUUUGAAGAGUACGUACAAAACUAA